GUCCUUGAGGGCGGUUGUUUGUCAGUGUUUUGAUACUUCCUAAAGUGGGGUGCGGGCGACGGGCCGAUGUUGUGUGCUCGUCAGAGAAGCUUUCUCUAAUUGUGUCUACUAGCUGGGAGCACAAGGCGUACCUAGGCCUAUAAUAUCUUACCGGUUCCAGCCAAGAAAAGGACACGAGAAACUACUAACUAUUCAUUGAAUCACCGUGGCUACGAGAACUCGUUCGUUUCCGGUUCCGUCUCCACCAGUACCUCUCAGAGCUUCACUGUCACGCAUGCCUGCUGUGCGAGCAAAAAAAGACGCUAAAUCUGUCUCGCCUACAUCGUGCGACGCAGAUCCAAACGAAUCAACAACCGCCGAAAACAGCAGAGGCCAGAGAAAGCGGCAAUCUCAGAGCUGUGAUGCUUGUAGAGCCAGAAAGGUUCGAUGCGUCCGGGAGAAUCUAGAAGAUCCGAAGCAGACAUGCAAGCACUGCGUAGCCCUUGGAAUACCUUGCACUUACGACUACCGACCAAAAAAGAGAGGACCUCCUAACUUAUAUCUCCGUCGUUUACAAGAAGCUGCCGCUGCCGCUGUUGCAGCUCAAUCUGAGCAGAAUAAUCAGACAAACGAUGUUGCGUCAGUAUCGCCUACCUCUGCUAACCAAUCCCUUGCUAGCCCAAUACAUUCAAGUUUAUCCCCAUUGCAGCAGCACAUACAGUCCCCUUCCCUGGAACCCAUCUUGGCCCCAAUCCAGACUUCCGCUCCCAUUAUUCCCCCAUCCCGAUACCCUAUCGCAGCCGACUCAUAUCACAAUCAUUACCCUCCUGUUAAUACGAUUCUCCCGACAUCCACUAGUGGCGCCCUACUCCCUCAGAAGACAGACGACAAUCAAUCAUACCCCUUUUCUGAGUCAUAUUGCGGAUUUCCCGCAUAUAACUGGUCUUUUAAAAGUCAGCAGCCCCUCCCGGUUCUACUUCCGAGUGUCGUACCCCCACUUUCAUAUUAUUAUCGACCUCACCGCUUGGAAGACAUUGCUCCCCGGGACAGUAUUUCACUCAUUAUCGCUCUUUUCUUCGACUUCGUAUACCCGCUAACCCCAUGUAUCCACAAACCAUCGUUCAUGGCGGACCUGCACACCAAGAGAGAAGAACGCGACCCGCUAUUUUUUGCUCUUGUCAUGUCCACAGUAGCAUCAACCUUGGUGCAAGUACCACGAUCUUACGUACCCAUGGAGCGCUCGGUUGUGCGAAAGCUUGCGCAGAGGUGUUAUGAAGCCAGCCGACAUAUCACUACUGCAGCCUACGACCCUCCCAUGUCUAUGCACGUUGUUAUCCGAUACUUCGACUGUAUCUACCACUUUUGUGAAGGUAAUGAUGCCGCGCAGCACGCGGCCUUCGGCGAAGCGGCUCACAUUGCCGUUACUCUGCGCAUGCAUGAGGAGUCCUCCUACGAGGGACUUGACCCCAUUGAAUGCGAGGUCAGACGGCGAACAUUUUGGUUACUUUUUGAUGCCGACAAGUCAAUGUCAAUUCUCUUGGGGCGCCCCAUAUGUCUUCGCGACGAAGAUUGCACUGUUCACUUUCCGAAGGAACUCGAUGACGAGUACAUCAUUCACAGCGCAUAUCUGCCUCAGCCGCGUGGCAAGACAGCCCUGGUCUCAGGAUUAAAUUACAUCUCCAGGAUUUUUGCACUUCUCGGUGAAAUAUUAGUUCGUAUCAGAGUCGAUAAGCGGUCACCUCCACAGGGUCAAUUUGCAACGGCGAGACUGGAGGAGGUCCAAUCGUUGCACUCGCGUAUUAUGGGGGCUCUCGUGCACACACCAGAGCCCCUGAGGCUGAAACAGACCCGUCGGCACAGCCGCCUUCCAGCGGAGUGUGGUGGCGCUGGGUUCAGGCAAGCCACAUUUGCGGAGGUCAAGGACUUCUUCGAAAACCCCAAAGCUUCACGUGCAAACGCCCUUAACCCGUUCCUUGUCAUGCAGGCAAAUCUUUACGUGACUCAACAACUCGUUCGAUUUGUGGUGGAGCAAUACCGUGAUGAAUUGGUUAUGGCUUUGCAGGGUAGUAUUGAUGAACACCAGGUCGCCGAGGAUAGGGAAGCGGUCGCAAGUGACUUGCUCAAUAUUCUUCACAGCAUCCCUAUCCAGUCAAUCGCUACUAAUGGUCCAUCACUGGUGCACAAAGUGCGAUUCGUCGCAUCCACCUUGCUAGAUGCUGUCCGGAAGGCGGAGACCGCUCCGGCAUCGGCCGCGCGUGCCCAUGCUUUCCUGUGGGACUUCCUAUCUAUUCUGUCCGAAGUCGAGAGAAAUUAUCUUCUCGACGACGAUCGUGAUGGCACAUCAAGUGGCGAAGGUGGCAUGCCCAUGAUCUAGUGCUUUUCAAAAUUGGUACAUGAUCUAUUUACUUCCUUUUGUUGCCCUUGUAUCAUAGAUUCUCUUUGGGUUGGUGUAUCAUAUCGCUGGACUCGUCUAUUCGCACACACCAGUGUUCUUUCUAAACUUAUCGAUAGUCGAUAUUCGUUCAGUUAGACUGUCAGCUCUCUCUCAAGCUUGCUAUCUUUAGCAUUAGAAUUCUAAACAAUCAUACCAUAUUCAUGAUUGGCAUACGGAUGCCAAUGGUCCAUUUUCAGAGGCAUGACAC